GAAAAUGAAGGCAAGAAGACUCGAGCCAAAAGAGGAAAAUAGGAUGGAUAGAACACAGUUAUCUCAAGCGCGUGUCAACCACCGUUUAGGCGCGUGAUAUAACCUCGUUCUUCAUUGUUCAAUCUUAAAAACUACAAGACCCAUCGCCGUUCCUUGGAGCUGAGCUCUCCUCCCGCAAAUAUUAAAUCCUGAAUUUUGCAGGAAUUUUCUCGCUUGUUUUCUCGCAGGUCCUACAAUUUCCAUGCUUCGUCCUCCACUGAAAACCCCACACAUCUCAUACUCUUUAACAAAACCCUAACAGGCCUCCAAAAACCCUCCCUUGCCGCGCUUCUCGUCUGUCAGGUGCCAAAUUUCUUGGUUUCACAAUGGCGGCUGCAGUUUCUACGGACCAAGCGCUCUCUCUGCUCGCGGCGGCGAACAACCACGGAGAUUUGGCUGUGAAGCUCUCUUCGUUGAAACAAGUCAAAGAUAUCUUGUCAUCUGUUGGGCCUUCUUUAGCUGCCGAGUUUUUUCCCUUCCUUGUCGAGCUCCAAUCGUCUAGGGAAAGUCUUGUUCGGAAAUUUCUCCUCGAGGUGAUUGAGGAGAUUGGUUUGAAAGCAAUUGAGCAUUCUUCAGUACUGGUGCCUGUCUUACUGAAAUUUUUAAGAGACGAGGACUCUUCUGUUGCAAGGCAAUCUAUUGUUAGUGGCACAAAUUUCUUCUGCAGCGUUUUGGAGGAGAUGGCGUUGCAGUUUCACCGGAAUCGUAAGAUUGAACGGUGGCUUGAAGAACUAUGGACAUGGAUGGGUAAAUUCAAGGAUGCUGUUUUCACCAUUGCAUUGGAGCCUGGGUCCAUUGGGACGAAGGUGCUGGCCCUGAAAUUUUUGGAAACAUUUGUUUUAGUUUUUACAUCAGACGCCAUUAAUUCUGAAAAACUUAUCAAUGAAGGAAGUAGACGAGUGUUUAAUAUAUCUUGGUUAAUUGGUGGUCACCCCAAUCUGGAUCCAAUUAUGCUAAUGGCAGAAGCAAAUAGGAUGCUUGGCAUUUUAAUCGAUUUGUUGCAAUCAUCAAGUAGUCUUCCGGGUGCAUUGACAAUUACUGUUGUCAAUUGUCUUGCAGCCAUAGCAAGGAAGAGGCCCGUCCACUAUAACACUAUUCUUUCGGCCUUGCUUGAUUUCAAUCCAAACCUUGAGACAGUAAAGGGAUAUCAUGGUGUCAGUAUCCAGUAUUCGAUAAGAACUGCCUUUCUAGGAUUCCUAAGAUGUAUUUAUCCUGUCAUUUUAGAGUCAAGAGAUAAACUGCUUAGAGCCUUGCGAGCAAUGAAUGCUGGGGAUGCUGCUGAUCAAGUUAUCCGUCAAGUAGAUAAAAUGAUUAAGAAUAAUGAGCGUGCAUCUCGAGAAACUCGGGUAGGCCGGGAUGAUCAGCUGUCCAGCCAGUUCCCUGUUCCAGGGGAUUUGUUGAAGAAAAGAUCUGUGCCUCAGGAUAUUGAAGACCAAAGCAAUGGUCUUGAGAUUGCUUCUAAGCGCACUUGCUAUGGUCCUAAUGCACACUUGACAGCACCGGUUCAAAUGAGUGAUCCUGGGCAAGAUUCUAUUUCUGCUAAUGGAAUGCCUCCUAAUGUUUCUCAUUUGGAUGGUGAUUUGACUCCUGUUGAACAAAUGAUUGCCAUGAUUGGGGCAUUGCUUGCUGAAGGAGAAAGAGGGGCUGAAUCUCUCGAAAUUCUAAUUUCAAAACUUCAUCCUGAUCUGCUGGCAGAUAUUGUGAUAACUAACAUGAAGCACUUGCCUAAGAGCCCUCCACCUUUAACGCGCCUUGGGAGCAGCAUGCCACCAGCUCGUUUAGUUUGUUCUUUGAGUGGUCCAGCACAGCUUGUGGCCCCAUCUCCAACAAAUUCUGUGCAGUCUCCAGUUCUCCCUGCCAAGCUCCCUCUUUCCUCAUCAACUGCAGUUAGUGCAUCACUGUCUGAUAUGCCCGCUGUCAGUAGUUUUGCUACAGAUUCUAAACGUGAUCCAAGACGAGAUCCUCGGCGCCUAGAUCCCCGGCGUGUGGGCACUGCUGCUGUAGCAUCAUCAAUACCUACCAUGGAGGAUGCGAACUCUGUGCAAUCAGAGAUUGAUGAUUUUCUCUCCUUAAAUAAGCCAUCAUUGCCACCUGUUGUGCGAGCUGUAGAGAAGGCUCCUGCACUUUUGGUUGCCAACCUCAAAAAUGAUGAUAGUAUUUCAGAGCUUCCAUUGGUUUCAGGAGUUGACAAACCUGAUGCCAGAGAUGAGGUAUUGUCUUCCCCUGAAGAAAUGGUUCCUGUUGCAGAGAUCAAUGCUUCUUCAGAUCACCCAGUUUCUCCUCUUCGAGCAGUUGAUGAAGAUAUGGCUGAAGUAAAGUUGUCAAAUGUUGAAAUGAAACUUGAUAGUGAUAAUUCCUCACUCCUAGAAUAUGAUCAGCAUUCUCAUGCCAUAUCAAAUAUGCCCGCAUCUGAGGAAAUCUGUCAGGAAUUACCUCUGCUUCCUUCAUAUGUCAAACUGACCAAAGAGCAGGAAAAGAAUGUAAGAAAAUUGGCUGUUGAAAGGAUUAUUGGCUUGUGUAAGAAUAUUCACAGGUUAGACUAUAGCCAAAUGCGAAUGGCAUUGCUUGCCCGGCUGGUGGCUCAGAUUGAUGCUGAUGAUGACUUCACGAUGCUAAAGGAACAUAUUAUUGUUGAUUAUCGAGAGCAAAAGGGACAUGAACUGGUAUUGCAUGUUCUGUACCAUCUGCAUUCUCUCAUGGUUUUGGGUUCUGUUGAGAACUCUUCCUAUGCUGCUGUUGCAUAUGAGAAAUUCCUCUUGGCAGUGGCAAAAUCAUUGCUCAGCACUCUUCCAGCUUCAGACAAGUAUUUUAGUAGACUUCUCGGUGAAGUUCCAGUUUUGCCUGAGUCUGCUUUGAAACUAUUAGAUGAUCUAUGCUAUUCUAAUGUUCAUGAUCUUAAUGGAAAAGAGGUUCGUGAUGGUGAGCGUGUCACUCAGGGCCUGGGUGCUGUAUGGAGUUUAAUUUUGGGGCGUCCAAAUAAUCGGCAAGCCUGCUUAGCUAUAGCUUUAAAGUGUGCUGUUCAUUCACAAGAUGACAUUCGAGCAAAAUCAAUUCGGCUGGUUGCAAACAAACUCUAUCAGCUAAGCUACAUAGCAGAGGAUAUUGAACAAUUUGCAACAAAUAUGUUACUGUCUGCUGUAAAUCAGGAAGCUUCAGCCACUGAGCAAAGAGCCGAACAGGAGGUUGGAAGCCAGAACCCAUCUAUUAGUGGCUCCCAAGUUUCUGAGACUGGAACUUCAGAAGGUGACUCCACAAGGGAUGCUCAACCUCCAACACAGAAUGUUUCAACCAUGUCCUUUCCUGAAGCUCAAAGACUCAUCUCUUUAUUUUUUGCUUUAUGUACAAAGAAACCUAGUCUCCUUCAACUUAUAUUUGACAUUUAUGGGGAAGCUCCGAAAACUGUAAAACAGGCUUUUCAUCGGCAUGUCCCUAUUCUUAUAAGGGCUUUAGGUUCAUCAUAUUCUGAGCUGCUCCAUAUAAUUUCUGACCCACCACAAGGAAGUGAAAAUCUUUUGACCCUGGUGCUGCAAAUAUUGACACAAGAGACUACGCCUUCUUCUGAACUAAUAGCUGCUGUUAAACAUUUAUAUGAGACCAAACUAAAGGAUGUCAUGAUUCUUAUUCCAAUGCUAUCAUCACUUUCCAAGAAUGAGGUUUUGCCUAUUUUCCCUCGGCUUGUCAACCUUCCAUUAGAUAAGUUCCAGAUGGCGCUUGCGCACAUACUACAGGGUUCUGCUCAUACAGGUCCAGCUUUAACACCUGCUGAAGUACUAGUUGCCAUCCAUGACAUCUCUCCCGAGAGAGAUGGUCUUCCACUCAAAAAGAUAAUGGAUGCUUGUUCGGCAUGUUUUGAGCAACGUACAGUUUUCACACAGCAGGUCUUGGCAAAGGCCUUAAAUCAGAUGGUCGAUCAGACACCUCUGCCUCUACUCUUCAUGAGAACUGUAAUUCAAGCAAUCGAUGCUUUUCCAACUCUGGUCGAUUUUGUUAUGGAAAUCCUCUCCAAACUUGUGAUCAAACAGGUCUGGAGACUACCAAAGUUGUGGGUUGGUUUCCUGAAAUGUGUUUCUCAAACGCAGCCACAUUCUUUUCCAGUAUUACUACAGUUACCAUCUCCACAACUUGAAGGUGCUCUGAACAAAUACACUAGCCUCAGAGGUCCUCUAGCUGCUUAUGCCAACCAACCAAGUAUUAGACCUUCAGUGCCAAGAUCCACACUUGCUGUACUUGGUCUUGUGAAUGAACCACAAAUGCAACAACAACGUGUCUCACGGUUGCACCCUUCAGAUGCAAGCUCUUCUGUGAAUGGGACGACAUUAACGUGAUAGCUUAAAGGAAUUACUAGUGAUUGUCCAUGUGAAUAUUCUGGAUGUUAUCUCAAAGUUGGUCAGGCCAUCAACAGAUGGUUCUUAUUGCUGGGAAGAGGCAAAGAGAAAAAGAAACUAGCAGUGAAUUAAUUGACCAGUGGAACCCAGCCAAGGAAUCGCCACAAUCAUGAGGAAUUUUUGAAGUUCCCCAUCCUCAGCUGCAAUGGGGGAGAAUUGUUCCAUAGUUGUAAUUUUCCCUCAAUGUUAUUGUCUAAAAAUUUUAAAAUUUCCCCAUUGGCCUAAUCGAUGGGUUCUAAAAUUUUCAUCUGAAGUGUAAUUGGUGUGUCCCUCAUCGGGUUGGUUGAUAGAGCCUUAAAUAGCUGAUAGUCAGGUACUCAUACCCUCCGUCUCCAAAUCACCAUCCCUCGCUUUGAUACCAUGGACAAUGACUUCUUAAGAAGCCAUUGAUGCUGUUCCUUAAAUAGCUAUAUGGCCUAGAGGGGACCUUGGUUUUGAAGGGUAGAUUAAAAUAGGAAUAUGAUCUAUGUAUUUUUAGGUGCCAUUGGUUAAAAGCCAUAUACAAUGUGUAAUAGACUUGAUUACCCCAAUUUCAAAUUGUGAAUAUGCAUAGUAA